AUUCAGAAUGAAAUCAUUGUGAUUGAUGAAUCUGAACACAGUUGAUGUGUACAUUUAUUUAGAAAUCGGAUUUGAUAUUUUAAAAUGCACUGUCUGUCCAAAAUUACAGACUUUCCCACUGUUGGUGCAUAUUAACCAUCAUCCUGUCAUUGCUUCUUUUAUGUUUCAAAAAGUAGACUUUAUAUUUAUCAUUCCAGGUCCUGAUUAGGAGACGCAGAGAACAUGAAGCUAACUAGUUUUUUGACUAGUCGGCAGGGCCGGAUUAACAUAAGGGCUAGGUGGGGCUUAAGCCCCAGGGCCCGCGGGAAGAGGGGGCCCGUGAUUGGCUGGAGGAAAUGAGAUUGACAAGUCAAAGGUGGUUGAUUUGUGUGUAAUAAAAUAAUAAGAAAAAAUGAUUGGAAAAUGUGCCUGACUGAUAAAUCACCAUCCAAUCAAAAUCACUUUACAAUUCGCGCCAUGACAUCGGGAAACGCCUCUUUGCGUUAUGCAGAAAAUGGGAAAUUGGCCUUUAUUGCUUGUUCAGCCUCGCUGGUGUUCAAAAUAAUAAACAAAAGUGAUAGUGGUGCGCAAAAAAGGAAAAAUAAGCUUGAAAGGGAGAAAAGGGGUGCUAAUCUUACAGCAAAAAUUCCCAAACUAACUAACUACUUCGGUUCACAUAAAACAUCCAAGCCAGCGGAAGACCCCGCGUGAAGCGGCAGCUCACAAUUAUCUUCACCCACCGACACCGUCGCCGAUCUGCGUGCUUUACACGCUGAAGAAGGUUUUGCAGUGUGCCCAGUGUCAAUAUAGCAGACUGUCCAUCAAGCAGGAGCCCAAGUACAUCCCAAUAUGUGUAUGUAUGCUUGUCCACAAAUGUGCAUGAGUUUUGAGAUGGGUAAUUCAUGAGUUCACAGAAUUGUAUGUAUUUGUUGUGCUAUUUUAAUUAAGGUGGACAAGCCUCUGGAAUUACUGGGCAUGGAUUUAGUGGGAAAAGUCUCGAGGACCAACCAGGGAAAUGAGUACAUUUGUGUCCUCGUUGACUAUUACACCAAAUGGUCCGAGGCCUAUGCAAUUCCUAAUAAAUCUGCAGCAGUUGUCUCGCGCUGCAUUAUUAACUUUUUCUACAGGUUUGGGGCACCAAAGAGGAUACUCACUGACCAAGGCACUGAGUUUGUGAACCAGAUCAAUGAGGAACUCUGUGCAUUCCUCAAUGUGGAGAGAAGCCUCUGUGCACCGUACCAUCCACAGACGAAUGGGCUUGUGGAGAAACUUAAUGUAACCAUUCAGAGAGCCUUGUGCAAGCUUGUGGAUACAAGACCUGAAAAAUGGGAUGAGUACCUAGAUGCAGUAAUGUUUGGUCUUAGAACCAAGACGCAACUGACUACUAGGUACUCCCCAUUUUUCUUAAUGUUUGGCAUGGAGGCCCGAUAUCCUUGUGAGGUUCCAGAGACGUAUGAGGUCAACAGCACUGUGGAAUCUGUGUUAGCAGAGGACACUAUAUCAAAUGCCAUUUCUCUGAAGGAGAAAAUGGACAGCAUUGUAAAAAAAAAUGUAAAAACGAAACAGGACAGGACACAGAGGGUGGCAAAUCAGGCUCCAUUUUUUGUAGGCCAGAAGGUCCUGCGAAAAAACAUAAGGGCCCAGCAGAGGAAAGGGGGCAAGCUUGAACGCAGCUGGUUGGGACCUUAUGAAAUUGUCCACUUACAAGAGAAAAGUGCAGAUUUAAGGGAUGAAAUGGGGAAUUUUUUUUCCCAAAAUCAACACUGACCAUCUCAAACAAUUCAAAGAAGACACACCCCGGAUACCCCAUAGAAUAACUCAAGAACCACAAUGUAAAAGACCACAUAAAGAAACUGGACCAUGCCCUUCUGUCACACCUGUUGAUCUCACCAUCACUACGUCACAUGAAAAGCCCCCACCAUCACCUCCAUCCUCACCAAUUGACUUGUCUAUUGGACCAAAGCAUUCACCAGCUACCAGAUCCUCUCCCCUCUCUUCAAUGAAAAUGCCUCCUUACUCUCCUGUGUCCCACACCACUACAAUGGUGACAGAAGUACCGACUCAUACCACAGAUGCAGCGCAUAGCUAUAUCAAAAGUGCCUGGGAUGGAAACGACAGUUAUGUACUGCUGUCCAGAGUGGGACCCUACAAAUUAUUUUUCAAAGAUCUGCAGAUUGGCCCUGGGAAGGAGUUGGAGAGUGAGGUUAUAAAUGCAUACCUGUCACUGAAGGUGAGGCAGCACAAUAUCACCUCUCCGGGCAAAGCAUACCACAUGGACACAUUUGCCAUGACAGACAUGUGGAAGGGAAAACAUGAGAAGCUCAAGUUGGACCCAGCAAACUAUGAGCUAAUAGUGGGCGUUGUAAAUGAGCGCAACCACUGGUUCCUGGUUGCCAUUUACCCAUCCCAACAAAAAAACAUUCUACUUGACUCACUUGGAGAGUCAUGCAUCAAGAAGAAAAAGUGUUUGGAGGCAACAAGAGCCCUGAUGAUGGCAAAAGGUGUCUCAGUUUCACACUGGGUUUGUGAAAGCCUGCCUCACCCACUUCAGAGGGACACUAUUUCAUGUGGCGUGUUUGCUUUGAAGUUUGCAGAACACAUUCUGCAAAAUUCUACAAUAAACUUCUCCAGUGAGCCACAAGACAUAACACGGUUCAGAAUGGAGAUUGCUUUAACACUGCUACACCAAUCUGAUGACCUAAGUGAACUGUGCCACUUUUGUGGAGAGGCAGAAACAUUUGAAGACUCUGAAGAAGAGGCAGAAACAUUAAAAGACACUGGAGGAGAGACUGAAACAUUUGAAGACUCUGAAGUUCUUUGGAUUGCUUGUGACUACUGCGGGCGGUGGUUCCACUUAAAAUGUGUGGGCAAUCCAUCUACAGAGAAAGAAUACAAAUGUGUUUCUUGCAAUAAAUGACUCAGUUAUGAA